AUGGCUACUCCCACUGUGUCACUUGAAAAAGUGUCUAUUUUGGGGAAACCUACUAUUCAUGUAGGUUACGAUAUUCAUACCCAUAUGAUUCAAACCAUCAUUAAUGAUUGUAAAUCAUCUACUUACAUUGUGGUCAAUGAUGCUAACUUGACAAAAGUUCCAUACUGGGAACAAUUAGUCACUGAAUUCGAAAAAUCUUUACCAAAGGGUUCUCGUUUAUUACGUUUUGUUACUAAACCAGGUGAGGCAAACAAGACUAGAAAAACUAAAGAAUCUAUUGAAGAUUUCAUGUUAGUACAAGGUUGUACAAGAGAUACUGUCGUGGUCGCUAUUGGUGGUGGGAUCAUUGGUGAUAUGAUUGGUUUCACUGCUGCUACUUUCAUGAGGGGUGUUCGUGUUGUACAGAUUCCAACUUCUUUAUUGGCUAUGGUCGAUUCUUCCAUUGGUGGUAAGACUGCUGUCGAUACUCCAAUUGGGAAAAACUUUGUUGGUGCAUUUUGGCAACCACAAUUUGUUUUGGUAGAUAUUAAAUGGUUGAGUACUUUACCUCAAAGAGAAUUCAUUAAUGGUAUGGCUGAAGUUAUCAAGACUGCUUGUAUUUGGGAUGCAGAUGAAUUCACUAGACUUGAAGUUAAUGCUAAUUCUUUCUUAGAUAUUGUUAACAACGCAAAAUUCGUUGAUUACAAGAGCACUAUGACUGAUGAAACUUACAACAUUUCUGAUACAAACAUCGAAGCCAUCUUAGAACAUACUUACAAAUUGGUUUUGGGAAGUAUUAAAGUUAAGGCCGAUGUCGUCUCCUCCGAUGAACGUGAAUCUAGUUUAAGAAACUUAUUGAAUUUCGGUCAUACUAUCGGUCAUGCUUACGAAGCUAUUUUAACUCCACAAGCUCUACAUGGGGAAUGUGUCUCUAUCGGUAUGGUUAAAGAAGCCGAAUUGUCUCGUUACUGGGGGAUUUUAUCUUCUACUCAAGUGGCUCGUCUAUCUAAGAUCCUUGUUGCUUAUGGUUUACCUGUCUCUCCUGAAGAAAAAUGGUUCAAAGAAUUAACUUUACAUAAGACUACUCCUCUAGAGACGUUACUUGACAAGAUGAGUAUUGAUAAGAAAAAUGAUGGUGCUAAGAAGAAAUGUGUCAUCUUGGAAAGCAUUGGUAAGUGUUAUGGCACUUCAGCUCACGUCGUCUCUGAUGAAGAUUUUAGAUUCAUUCUUACUGAUGAAACUUUGGUCUACCCUUUCAAUAAUAUUGAAAAAGAUCAAAAUAAGGUUAUCGUCCCACCAGGAUCCAAAUCUAUCUCUAACCGUGCCCUUGUUAUGGCUGCUCUUGGUGAAGGUACGUGUAAGAUAAAGAACUUAUUACACUCUGAUGACACGAAACACAUGUUAGCAGCUGUUGAUUUAUUGAAGGGUGCCAACAUCACUUGGGAAGAUAAUGGUGAAACUGUCGUUCUAGAAGGUCGCGGUGGUGAAACAUUAACAGUAUGUGACCAAGAAUUAUACUUAGGUAAUGCAGGUACAGCUUCUAGAUUUUUAACAACCGUUGCCGCUUUAGUCAAAUCUCGUCCGGAUAAGGAUUACAUUAUUUUAACUGGUAAUGCUAGAAUGCAACAAAGACCGAUCGGUCCUUUGGUCGAUUCUUUGCGUGCUAAUGGUACUAAGAUCGACUAUGUGAAAAACGAAGGUUGUUUGCCAUUGAAGGUUUACACUGAUUCUGUCUUUAGAGGUGGUCGUAUUGAACUUUCUGCUACAGUUUCAUCCCAGUACGUUUCUUCAGUUCUAAUGUGUGCUCCAUAUGCUCAAGAACCAGUUACUUUGGCUCUAGUUGGUGGUAAACCAAUAUCACAAUUAUACGUGGAUAUGACCAUCCGAAUGAUGGAUACCUUUGGUGUCAAGGUUACCCAAUCCGAAACCGAACCAUACACUUACCACAUUCCAAAGGCUCAUUAUAUUAACCCACCAGAAUAUGUUAUCGAGAGUGAUGCAUCCAGUGCUACUUAUCCAUUAGCUUUUGCUGCUUUGACCGGUACCACUAUAACAGUUCCAAAUAUUGGUUCUGCCUCCUUACAAGGUGAUGCCAGAUUUGCUAGAGACGUCUUAAAGCCAAUGGGUUGUACUGUUGAUCAAACAGCUACUUCAACUACAGUUACUGGGCCAGCUCAAGGUCAAUUGAAACCCUUAAAGCACGUUGAUAUGGAACCAAUGACAGAUGCAUUUUUAACAGCUUGUGUGGUUGCUGCCGCUGCUAACGAUGGUAAGGGUACCGGUAACGUUACAACAAUUGAAGGCAUUGCCAAUCAAAGAGUUAAGGAAUGUAACAGAAUUGAGGCAAUGGCUACACAAUUGGCCAAAUUUGGUGUAGAAACUAGAGAAUUACCAGAUGGUAUCCAAAUUUACGGUCUUGACUCUAUCGAUGAAUUGAAGGUUCCAAGUAAUUCAUCUGGCCCAAUUGGUAUCGAUACUUAUGAUGAUCACCGUGUUGCUAUGAGUUUCUCCUUAUUGGCAGGUAUGGUUAAUUAUAAUUCCAAAUCUGAAAAUGUUACACCUGUAAGAAUCCUGGAAAGACAUUGUACAGGUAAGACUUGGCCAGGUUGGUGGGAUGUUCUACAUACCAAUAUGGGUGCUAAACUAGAUGGUGCCGAACCAUUGACCUCUUCUAACGUCAAUUCCAACAAGAGUGUUGUCAUCAUUGGUAUGAGAGCUGCUGGUAAAACUACUAUUAGUAAAUGGUGUGCAGCUGCCCUUGGUUACAAAUUGGUCGAUUUAGAUGAACUUUUCGAAGAACAAUAUGAAAAAGGUACCAUUAAAGAAUUUGUUGCUGAACAUGGUUGGGAAAAAUUUAGGGCUGAAGAAGCUAGAAUCUUUAAGGAGGUUAUUGAAAAGUACGGUGACUCUGGUUACGUGUUCUCCUCUGGUGGUGGUAUUGUCGAAAGUGGCGAAUCUAGAGAAUCUUUGAAAAAAUUCGCCUCAGAAGGUGGUAUUGUUUUACAUCUACACAGAGAUAUUGAAGAAACUAUUAUAUUCUUACAAAGUGACCCAACAAGACCAGCUUAUGUUGAAGAAAUAAGAGAUGUUUGGUCCAAAAGAGAACAAUGGUAUAAUGAAUGCUCCAAUUUCACCUUUUUCGCUCCACACUGUUCAACUGAAGCUCAAUUCCAAAAAUUGAGAAAGGUAUUUGGCAAUUUCAUUAACAUGGUCACUGGUAAAAGACAAAUUGCCAUUCCAACCAAAAGAUCCGCUUUUGUUUGUUUGACUUUUGAAGACUUAACUCAACAGGUCGACAGCUUGAAUCCAAUUACCUAUGGUUGCGAUGCUGUUGAAGUAAGAAUCGACCAUUUAGCUGAGUUGGAUUCUGAUUAUGUUUCCAGACAGCUUUCUACAUUACGUAUUGCUACAGACGGUCUUCCAAUAAUUUUUACUAUUAGAACUAAGAAACAAGGUGGUAAAUUUGAUGAUGAUGACUUCGUUACACUUAAGAAAUUGUUUAACCUGGCUCUAAAAUCUGGUGUUGAAUAUAUCGAUGUUGAAUUAACUCUACCGUCUGACAUCCAAUAUAAUGUUCUUAACAACAAGGGUUUCACUAAGAUCAUUGGUUCUCAUCAUGAUUUCAGUGCCUCCUAUAACUGGGAUGACGCAGAAUGGGAGAAUAGAUAUAAUCAGGCCCUAUCUCUCGACGUCGACAUCGUAAAAUUUGUUGGAACCGCAGCAAAAUUUGAAGAUAACUUGGCUCUAGAAAGAUUUAGAUUCUCUCAUACUACCAAGCCAUUAAUUGCCAUUAAUAUGGGAAAGAUUGGUCAAGUCUCUCGUGUGUUGAACACUCUAUUGACGCCAAUUACAUCCAAUCUGUUGAAUACUGCCGCUGCUCCAGGUCAAUUAACCUUACCGGAGAUCAAUCAAAUCUAUACUUCUAUGGGUGGUAUUACUGCAAAGGAAUUUUUUGUUGUUGGAAAGCCAAUCGGUCACUCUAGAUCACCAAUCUUACACAAUACUGGUUACAAAUUAUUAGGUCUACCACACAAAUUUGAUAAAUUUGAAACCGAUUCUGCCCAAACUGUUAAAAAGGAAUUACUUGAAGGUAACAAAAAUCUAGGUGGUUUAGCCGUCACUAUCCCAUUGAAACUAGAUAUAAUUCCAUUUAUGGAAGAACUAUCUGAUUCGGCCAAGACUAUUGGUGCUGUAAAUACAGUUACUCCAAUCGGAAAUGGUAAAUUCCAUGGUGACAACACUGACUGGUUAGGUAUCAAGAACUCUUUAAUCAGUAAUGGUGUACCAAGUUUAGUUUCCGGAGUUUCUGGUUUAGUUAUUGGUGCCGGUGGUACUUCAAGAGCAGCAAUCUAUGCCCUGCACAACAUGGGCUGUGAAAAGAUCUAUUUAAUCAACAGAACUACUUCCAAGUUACAAGAUCUAAAGAAAACUUUCCCAGAGGAAUACAACCUUGUUAUCAUUGAAAGUACAGCAGAUGCUGAUAAACUUCAAGACACUAUUAGUGUUGCUGUCAGUUGUGUACCAGCCGACAAACCUUUAGAUGAAGAAUUGGUCAGUAAACUUGAACGUUGCCUAACUAAGACUACUCACACUAAAUUCCUUCCAACUCUUCUUGAAGCUGCUUAUCUACCAACAGUCACACCAAUCAUGAGACUAGCUAAAGACAAGUACCAAUGGAAUGUUGUUCCCGGGGCUCAAUUGUUGGUUCACCAAGGUGUAGCACAAUUCGAGAAAUGGACCGGUGUCAAGGCACCAUUCCAAGCUAUCUUUGAAGAAGUCACAAGAAAUUAA